AUGGAUACAACCGAGAUUCUUUCAUUGACGUUAGAGCAGUUGGAAGAAAGACACAAAGCAGAAAAAAAGAAAUUGACAGACAAAAUUAUCACGCUUCGUAAAAGUGCACCUAAAAGUGACAAGAGAAAGAAACGUGAAGUAGCUUCUAAAAUAGCAGAUCUUGAAUACGAUCUUAACAAGAAACACCAAGAAGAACUAAACCUACUUAAGGCAAAAGAAACAGGCCUCGAUCCGAACGAACAAGAGUCCGAACAAGACAAUGAUGGUAUUUCUCUAGACCGUCUCAACGAACUCACACUUGAAGAUAAACAACAAAAGCCUGAAGAGCAGCCUCAGCCAAAAGCUAAAAAAGUCAAUCGAGCCAGACAAAGAAUUGAAAAGAGAAAUGCAGAAAUGGAACGCUUGCGUCAAGAAGCAGAAAAAGAAGCAGAGAAUCAAGUGGAUAUGUCUGUCGUGGAAACAGAGGCUAUUCAGAAAUUACUAGACCCAAUGCAGUUAAGAAUCAAGCAAAUUUCUGCUGAUGGUCAUUGUUUGUACAAUGCUUUUGCAGACCAAUUAAAGAUGCGAUAUGAAGAUGUGGUUAGUUAUAAAGAUCUUCGAAAAUCAGCUGCUGAAUAUAUGCGUCAACAUCCUGAUGAUUUCACUCCCUUUUUGUACCUUGAAGAUGGUGACUUUAAUCGCUAUUGUCAUGAUAUUGAGAAUACAGCUUGCUGGGGUGGCCAAUUAGAAAUCUUGGCUUUGGCAAAAGCAAAACAAGUGCCUGUAGAUAUUGUUCAAUAUGGUGGUCCUGUCAUUCGAAUUUGUGAAGAUGAAUACCCAAACAAAUCACCUAUCAAACUAUCCUAUCAUAAACACCUUUAUUCAUUGGGUGCUCACUAUAAUUCCUUGACUGACCAAUAA